CUUUGCGUCACACGCUUCUGAUCUUUUACCAGAGCUCAGUGGCAGCAGCAGAAGAAGAGUCAAGAGGAUCAGAUAGAUCCGCAACACAACAGACCCGCUCCGAUUUGCUUCUGUUUCCUACGCUCGACAGAGGUUCUCCCUCCCUUAGGCGCCAGGGGAUGGAGGGAUGAUCCACACCGACUCCCCUCCGCAAGAUCUUCCUCCUCUUCUCCCUCCUUCUCCUCCUCUUCCUCCGCCUAUUCUGUACUUCGAUCCUCGCGCGCCGCUGGAGCUGUGGCCUGGAUGCGGACUCCGAUGCUCGGCAGAACUGCGGUGUUUGCGGCCCUGUUGGCCCUCAGUACCUGCCUAACAGGUUCUAACUUAUGUCCUCGCAGUUUGGACUGUGCCCGAGCAGGACGGCACUUCUGCCGACAAGGCAGCUCACACUGCGGGCCCUGCCUGUACCCUCUGGUGGAGGAUCAUCAUGGCCGCUGUGUUGACAUGAGAAGACAUCUUCAUCAUUCUGCUCAGGCUGCUAAAGGUAAGGUGAGGGCUUACCCUGAGCUGGAUGAGGAGAUUGACAUCCUGUCGGGCAUCAUCAGUGAGCAGAGAUCCGAGUCCAAGAUGCCAGUCCCACCCUCCCAGGACAUGAAGGCAGAGCAGCUCAUCAGGCCGAUCUCCAAACACAGAGGAUCCCCCACAGACCAGCCCACCAGCCUGAGCAUCACACUCAGCACUACAAGUGCACCUUCCACUACCAACUACAGCCCUGGUCGGCUGGACGAGCCCCGCAUCACCACCUACCCCCCCAAUGACCAAGUGUUUCUCAUUAUGACCAGUGUGAUCAUCACAGUAUGCUUGCUGGUCUUGGUCAUAUCUGGAAUCUGCUGUGUGAGAAUGGUGAGAGACGCAUAUCUGGAAGCUCAGAAGUUGGACUAUCCUGCAUGUGAAACCCAAAACUUUGGAAACUUUCCUGGGGACCAGAAACUGGCCCACAGUGCCCAGAUGUACCACUACCAGCACCAGAAACAACAGAUGCUUUCCCUGCAGCAACACAGGGAUGAGCUCAGACCACCUGACACAGGAACAUCGACAGAUGAGGAGAAUGAUGGAGAUUUCACCGUCUACGAGUGUCCUGGGCUGGCACCAACAGGAGAGAUGGAGGUGAAGAACCCGCUGUUUGACGACGCCAACCUUUACCUACACAGAUUCCACAAGCUCACAUGUCUGAGUCUGAAGGUUCCUGCCUGCCUCUUUGCAUCUGCUCCGGAACAGAGCUCAGCCAGGAUGGGCACCAGAGACACUUUGAAGCAGGAAUCUGGAGAUGAAGCCUUGGCUCUGUCUCACCAUCAGUGAAGAUGUGAAGGAGCUCGUCAAAUACACAAACCCCUCCAGCAGACGUGUGGUUUAUCCAGAUUGACAGAGCUUGUGGAGCAAAACGGACAGUUCAUGGGGCAUGCAAAGCAAAGAUCAAAUUGUCAUGUUGCCUUUUUAUUUAUUUUUAUGUUCUUUUUUCCCUCUGCUGAAAGCUAAACACAAAUCCCUGCUGAUUUUUCUUUAGGUUGUUCUCUUCCGGAUUAACAAUUCUGUAAAGGAGCUUUAGAACAAUACAACCUGUCUUUGGCCUCUUUAUAUGUUCUCCGUAUGUUUAGCUUGCAUGUGCAUAUAUCAAAGCUGUAAUAAAAUAAAUAAAUAUUUAUAAGAUCUUAAGUGUAAA